UCCAAUCCCAAAAUGACUCACAACACCAAACACAUUUUCACUCAACUCCUACACUUCAUUCCAUCCCUUCUCCUUUCCCUAACCAUCCCAUCCCCAGUCAGCGCAAGCCUUGGGUGCUCAAACUGCGGCACAAUGAAAGUCCCAUUCCCGCUCAGCACAUCGCCCAACUGCGGGCACCAAUCGUACAAGAUUCGGUGCACGCAAGGCGCGUUAUGGUUCGAUGCGCUAAAUAGUUCCUCAUAUGUGAUCACCUCUAUUAUGCCGCACAUUCAAGAGCUCAUUAUUCGGCCCCAAAGCUUUAUGAAAAAUACUUGUAUUAAUACUGAUUUUCAUGCUGGGGGAAUUUGGCUUGAUGAAAAUCUUCCUUUUAAUAUUAGUAGUAAAAAUACUGUUAUUAAAAUUAAUUGUACAACUCUUGCUUAUAUUUCGGCUAUGAAUUGUUCUUCUUCUAGUAUUUGUUACAGAUAUAUAAAAGAAAAGCAUGAUGUAGGAUCAAGAUGUGGAAAAACCCAUAUAUGUUGCUCAUUUACCGGUGGGGGAUCUCAAAAUGAUCACAAUAUUAAAUUAACACCAGAGAAAUGUGCAUCUUUUACAAGCUUCGUAGAUCUACCGUUGGAUAAUGUAUUGCCAGUCAGUAAAUGGCCUGAUCCUGGUGUUGCAAUCCAGUGGGUGCUUCCUACGGAACCAGCGUGUUCCUCGGCUUUGGAUUGCAAAAAAUUGCCUAAGUCAUCAUGUUUACUUGAUAUUUCUAGUGGACAUAAGAGGUGCCUUUGUAUUAGAAAUUAUCGGUGGGACCCAGUUAAUGGCGUUUGUGCAAAGCCGAAGUGUGUCACCAACAAAUGUCGGAAAGAAAGAAAACGAAAACAAAUUGUUCAUGGUUUAAUAUACACCGGAGCUACAUUCGCAUUUAUAUCAUCUUUGGCAGUCCUAAUAUACAUGCAGCUGGAACGAAUCAAGAGACAUGCGCGCGAGCAAUUAGUUCAAGAGCGCCAACAAAUCUUAAAUGCAAACAACUCAAGUGGAAGAUCGGCUAAGCUUUUCUCAGCAAAAGAAGUAAAAGCAGCUACCAACAAUUUCUCAAGAGACACCGUCCUUGGUUCGGGAGGAUUUGGAGAGGUUUACAUGGGAAAAUUACAUGAUGGCACUCUGAUUGCUGUAAAAAGGGCUAAAUACGGGAGCACAAAAGGUGUAGAUCAAGUCUUAAAUGAAGUUCGAGUUCUAUGCCAAGUGAAUCAUCGAUGUUUGGUUAGGCUACUUGGAUGUUGUGUCGAAAUGGAAGAUCCUGUUCUAGUGUACGAGUACAUCCCAAAUGGUACACUUUACGAUCACUUACAUGGCUCGAUUCCUAAUGAUGCUACGAAUAGAUCCUUGAGUUGGCAUCGAAGAUUAGUAAUUGCACAUCAAAUAGCUGAAGGCCUUGCAUAUCUUCAUUUUUCAGCCAUUCCUCCUAUUAUACAUCGAGAUAUUAAAACAAGCAACAUCUUACUCAACGAGAAUCUAAAUGUAAAAAUCUCGGAUUUUGGACUAUCAAGGCUAAUAGAUGUUGAGGCGACACAUAUGACAACUUGCGCUCAAGGAACGUUAGGAUAUCUUGAUCCUCAAUAUUAUCGUGACAUGCAACUAACAGAUAAGAGCGAUGUUUAUAGCUUUGGCGUUGUUUUGCUAGAGUUGCUUACCGGAAAGAAAGCUAUAGAUUUUAGUCGAGAGGUAGAGUGUGUAAGUCUUGCUACAUACAUGAGGAAAACAUCAAAAAGACAUAUAUUGAUUGAAGCAAUUGAUCCAUUACUAAAGGAAAGGGCUAGUAAAUUGGAAUUGGAAACUAUGAAAACUAUAGGAAAUCUUGCCAUUGCAUGUUUGGAUGAUAAUAGGCAUAAUCGUCCUUCCAUGAAAGAAAUUGCCGAGGAGUUAGAGUAUAUGAUUCACCUUAAUGAAGACAAGACUCCUAAAUCAUAA